AUGUGGGCUUGUCUAGCAGCAUUGGCUAUUGCAAACAAGGAGAUGUCAACAGCUGAGGUUGCAUACGCAGCAAUUGGUGAAAUUGACAAAGUUCAGUACAUAAAUUCAAUUAACGAUCUACCAUCAAAAGAAUCCAGAUUGGCUCACAUCCAACUCUUCAGUGGGAAUUUUCAAGAUGCUGAGGCCAUUAUCCUGCAGGCUGGCCUGAUUUACCAAGCCAUCCAGCUCAACAUUGACUCCUACAACUGGGAGAGGGCCCUGGAGCUAGCAGUGAAACACAAAACACACAUGUCGAUACUGUGUUGGCUUAUCGGCAGAAGUAUCUGGAGGACUUUGGUAAAAAAAAGAAACAAACAAGAGAUUUCUGCAAUACACAGAAGGUGUUGAAGUAAACUGGGAAAAAAUCAAAGCCAAAAUUGAGAUGGAGCUUGCGAAAGAGAGAGAACGAGCUUCUGCUGGGCCUUUGACCAGAAGCAGUGUUUCCAUGUAG